UCUGAACCGUCUCCGUCCUCGGACACGUCUUUAUCAGAACAAGAUGAAGAAGUUUCUGUUGUUGCUUCUCUUCUGUCACGUCUCAUCUCCAGUGAAACACUCACUCAAGUUUUUCUCCACUGCAUCUUCUGGAAUCCCAAACCUCCCAGAGUUUGUGGUUACUGGAGAGGUGGAUGAUCAUCCAGUGGGUUACUGCCACACCAACAAAAAGAUACUAGAACCCAAACAGGACUGUGUGAAAACAUUUUUAGAAAGCAAUCCUCAGCUUUGGGAAAUGUUCACAACACAGUGUUUUAAGGUUCAGCCUACCUUCUUCAAAGCCGUGAUGGAUAACAUGACGCACAGCUUCAACCAAACUGGAGGUGUCCACAUUCUCCAGAGGAUUACUGGCUGUGAGUGGGACAAUGAGACUGGAGAGGUCAAUGGUUUUAAUCAGUAUGGUUAUGAUGGAGAAGACUUCAUAUCAUUGGACCUGAAGACAUUGACAUGGAUCGCUCUGAAACCAGAAGCUGACAUCAUCAAACAAAGAUGGGAUGCUGACAUAGCUAGAAUAAAAUUAAUUGAGAUUCGCCUCACUGAGAUUUAUCUGGGAUGGCUGAAGAUGAAUGUGGACUACGGCAAGAGCUAUCUGCUGAGAAAAGAGCGUCCCUCAGUGUCUCUCCUCCAGAAGUCUCCGUCCUCUCCAGUCAGCUGCCACGCUACAGGUUUCUACCCUGACAGAGCCAUGAUGUUCUGGAGGAAAGAUGGAGAGGAGCUUCAUGAGGACGUGGACCUCGGAGAGAUCCUCCCCAACCACGAUGGAUCCUUCCAGAUGAGUGUAGACCUGGACCUUUCAUCAGUCCCAGCUGAAGACUGGAGGAGGUACGACUGUGUGUUUCAGCUCUCUGGUGUGGAGGACGACAUCGUCACCAAACUGGACAAAGCAGAGAUCAGGACCAACAGAGAGAAUCCUUCAGACAGGACCAUUCCCAUCACUGCUGCAGUGGCUGUUCUUGCUGUCGUCCUCGCCGCUGCCACUGGAUUCAUUUUUUACAAAAGAAAGAAAGCCCAACUCCCUCCACCAUCUCCUGACAACAUCUGUAUGAACUCUCUGGCAAGGGGCUUAAACUUCUGAGAUACAAACCCCUCCUGCACACUGAGUUGCUUCAGAAGAGACGGUAAGCAGUAAAUGCUGUGACGUGGACUAUGAUCAUCUCCAGUUAAACACCUGAAAUUAUGAGCUUCCUACAACAAACCUUUAUAUUAAAGCUACAUU